AUGCGUCCGGAGGGGCGUCCAGAGCGCAUUCACCAGCUUGUCUGCGACCUGAAUCGCCCCCGGCUCGUGGUGACGGCAGUGGUGCUGGCCAGCUUCCUCAUCUCGUCCUUCAUAGCCCUAGGGCCUCCACGUGUGGAUUACGUCAAAGCCCAUCCUGCCUGCAAGUCCUCUGAGUGCGCGGCGCUGGGCCAGGCCAUUUCCACGAGUGUCAACUCGCGGAUCGCGCCCUGUCAGAAUUUCUACCGCUUCGUGUGCGACGGAUGGAUCAAGAGCCACCCGGCGCGCGACGGAGAGCUGCGCCGCGUCGUUAUGCGGGAGCUCGCAGACGACGUGGUCGCGUCGCAGAAGAAGGCCCUCAUCUCCACGCAAGUUCCAGCGAGGAGCCAGGACGCCUUCCACCGGCUCGCCUACGUCUACCAGGCGUGCGUGCGCGUCGAGAAAGCGGACGUCGACGGCAUCCGAGUUCUCAAGGAGUUCAUGGGCUUCGUAGGGCUCCAGUGGCUCCAGGUGUCCCGUACACGGUCGCUGGACCUGCUGCGGACGGUAGUGCGUCUCUCCCUCCAGUGGGACAUUCCCGUGCUGAUCUACCUGGGCGUCCGGCCCAGCCCCUACGACAAGGAGCAGCUCUUGGUGUCCGUGGACCGAGGGCCUUCCCUGGGCGUAGAUCGGGCAGUGGAUGCGGCGGGGGAGCCCAGAAAAUCUGCGCUCCGCAAGCUGGCUGCGCUCGCGGGAGAGCUUCUGGGCGACCCAGGUCAAGCCGAGAAGAUCGAAGCGGCCGUCACGCUCUGCGAGAAGUACCUCAAGGACCAGGCGACCGCCGUGCGGCGCAGUGCACGCAAGCGAGGCUUAGACUUCCGGCGAGUGGUAAGCUUCAAAGACUUGGAAGCCAUGACGUUCGUGGAUGACGGGUCCCUGUGGCUGGACGCCGUCAACGCGCAGCUAUCGCCGGGCCAUCGGCUGUCGCCGUCUGAUUCGGUGCUUCUGGACCAUCCAGACCACGUGGUGGCCGCAGCGAGACUUAUCCGAAAGCCCGAGCUGUUGCAGAGCCUGGUAUACUACCUGGGCUGGCUGCUGGUUCAGCAGCUGGGGCCUAAGGCCGCGUUGUCCCUGCGCAAGGCCCAGCACGCCCUCGAGCGUCAAGGAACCACGGAUGGCGACCCUGCGGGCCAGCUGAAUCUGUGGCGCGUGUGCAUGCGCGAGGCGGAAGAGCUGAUGCCCACGGUGUACAGCGCGCUCUACGUGCAGCAACAUGGCGCCGCCUUCGACAAGCCCAAGUAUGACGUGAAGGCCAUCGUGGACCACGUGCUCUGGGUGACCACGGAAACGGUGCGACGCGUCCGCUGGAUGGACGAGCGCACCAAAGCUAAGGCUCUGACCAAGCUGAAGAAGAUGCGCGGUCUCAUAGCUUUCCCGCAGUGGAUGCGAAACAGCACGCUCGCCCGCGGUCUGGACUCCGAACUUCCGGACCUGAACGAGCACUACCUGGCCACCUGGCUGCGCAUCAAGGAGGUAAAGAGCGCGCGUAUGCGGCGCGGACUGCGGGAUCGCCACCAGGACGACCAGACGUACCACUACCGCGUGUCGGAAGUGGACGUCCGCUACUACGCGGAUGAGAACAGACUGGUGAUCCACCCGGCCGUCCUCUCGGUGCCAUUAUACGCGUAUGGAGGUCCCGUGGCUCUAAAUUACGGCGCCCUAGGUUCCCUGGUGGCGCGGCAGGUCCUGGGCGCCUUCGACUCGGAGGGCUGCAACUACGACGAGGCCGGCAACGAGAACCACUGGUGCUCCUCCGAGUUCCGCGAGGAGAUGCGGAGGGGCCUGACUUGCUACGCGGACCAGUGGGAGAUCACCAGCGCCAGGGUGCCAGGGAUGGCUGCUCACAACGACACGUGGAGUCGCGAGCAACUGGCCGCCGAUACGGAGGGGCUCAAGAUCAGCCUGCGCGCCUACAGGCUGCUGGUGAAGAACCUUGGCGGAGACCGGUACGACGAGGCUCUCGCGGGGCUGCCGUACACGCCAGAGCAGCUCUUCUUCCUCAACCGGGGCCUGCUGUUCUGCGCCAAUGUCAACCUGCGCCUGCUGCGGGAGAGGGGUCGCGAGGACAUGCUGGCGGCGCACGAGUACCGCUGCAACGUGCCGCUCCUCAACGUGCCGGACUUCACCAAGGCCUUCCACUGCAAGCUCGGGGACCUCAUGUAUGCGCGAAGCAUGUGUGCCGUUUGGUGA